AUGCCUCCACCAAGCAGACGCAAACAACAAAGUCGUGAAGCUAACGAAAAAUCAAUUGAAGCAAGAAAAAACUCCCAAGAAAAGAAUGCGCCAAAGGAAGUCGAUCCAAAACACUGGACUGCUUCUGUAAUUGUUAAUGGUGACUCUUAUACUCGAGCAAGGAAUUUAUUUCAAGAUAACAAUAUUAAAGUGCCGAGUGAAAAAGAGUUUUACCGUCAUCAAAAAGAAAUAGGUAAGGUAAUACUAGAAUAUAAAGAGCAAUCUAUUAAAAAUGCUCAACAAACAAUGAAGAAAGAUACAUUUUUAAGCACUGAUUCGCAUUAUAAUGUUGGCAGAAAUGCUACAGCGUGCCAAAGUUUAAUGAUGGACAACCGUGGAAAGGUUGUUGGUGAAACAACUGUUAUAAAAAAGAGCUCUGGAGGAGACUUUGAAGGCCCAUCAAACAUGAUGGAAACAGAAUGUACAAAGAGGAUGAUGUCAAAUUUUGACUUUACAAAUGUUUCCACAGUGGUUCAUGACAAUGACAAUAAAACGAAAGCCAUCAUCCAGCAAUAUGCUCCGAAUGCUAAAAUUACACUUGAUCCUCGUCAUUGUGUACGUGCAGUUGGCAGAGCUUUCGAAAAGCUUGAAAAUGGUGGAUAUAAAGAAGCAGCAGGAAAAGAAACUGUUAAUCAACAGAAAGAAAGUGAAUCACAGCCAGCAUUCCCAAUCAAAUCUAAAGCAGAAGAGCCGAAGAAACGUGGAAGACCAUUAAAACACCAAGAAAAAGUAUUUCAUCAGAUAUAUUCGAAAGUUAUUAAGUGGUUCACUUUUAUUAUCAUGCUUCCAAUUGAAACAACGAAAAAAUUUUCCUAUGGAAGAAUACAUUAA